UCCCAAAACGUCAAAACGUUUUACAUAUUUUUAAACAAGUUUAGAGCUUUUAUUCCAUUUCUAAAUCGAUCAAGUCGUUUCCAGAAAUGGCGCCUCUGCUUUCAAAUUAAAUCCAAUUGACUUGCCCCACCAUCAAAUAGUGAGAGAGAUAGAGCUGUUUUCAAAGAGCAACUGAAACCCUAGCAAUUUCUAGAGAGAAAGGAUGAUUCUAAGAACUCCACCACCAAAGAGACCUAGAGAUGAUGGCAAAGCCAUCGAAAGCUCACCGGUUGGUUCUGAUCGGCGACUUGUCAUUUACGAAGACCCUCCUGUUGUGGUCCAGCAACCAGAGUCCUCUCACGAACCUCAACCGUCCGAUCACAUGCUCUGCACCUAUCAAUGUCGCCAAAUGGUUAAAGCAGAUUUUCUGGAUGCCUUGAGCAAUGCAGAGAAACAAGUUCGUGAUUAUCAGUCCAAAUUGGAGACUUUAAAUGAGAACUUCUGCAAAUCUGAAGCUGAGAGGAAAAAAUUUCUAGAUCAAUUCUUAUAUGCUGAACAAGAACUUGCUGCUGCCAAAGGACGCGAACAGGCACUGCAGCAACAACUUUUAAAGGAGAUAGAUGAUUCUCAGGAGAGGUUUAAGAAACAAUUAGAAUCAUGUAAUAAACUUGAGGUGAAGCUGGAAAAUGAGAAGAACCUUCGAAAAAAAGCUGAAUCCUCAGCAGCUUCUGCAGAAGAGAAAGCAAGUCUUUUGGAGGGGAAACUUGCCCACCUUUCUGAAAGCAUAGAAAGGGAGAAAAAGCGCUUCAAUAAUGAGCUGGCACAGCUACAAAGAGAUUCAAAGUUUUCUAUUGCCAGGAUAACUGCAGAUCUUGAAAGAAUGGAAUCCAGAGCUAAAAGUGCUGAAGAAGAAUCAGAGCUGCUAAAGGAGCAGCUGGAAAAUCUGAAGUUGCAAAUGAGUGAGUGCUUGCACCAGAAGAGUGAACUAGAGAAGAAAUUAUCAAGUUUCACAAUUCAAGAAAGUUCUUCUACUGACAACAAUAUUUUGGUUAAACAUCUACAGGAAGAACUCAGGAACUAUGAGGCUGAAGUGAGAGAAGCAAGAAAAUUGAAAUCAUCUUGUGAAAACAUUGAGCUAUUGAAGGAGAAAUUAUUGGAAGAGAAAGCCCGCAGAGAGAGGGCAGAGUCAGAGUUAUCCAAAUUGAAGGAAUUUGAGCUAAAUAUGAUGAAGUUGGAGGAUGAGUUGUCUUCUUGGAAGUUGAUGAUUAAAGACAUCCCUGAUGUGUCAUGUUGUGAUGAUAUACCUGUUAAGUUUGCUGCUUUACAGAAAGAAGUAAUUGAUAACAUGAUGAAGGUAGGUGAGGCAAAUGGACGUUUGAAACAAAUGGAGGUGGCUCUGGACGCUGCCCAACUUGGCAAACAAAUUGCUGAAACUGAGGUGGCAUUGUCCAAGGAGAAGGCAGAAAGCUUGAAACUGGAGCUCAAUAGGAUAGAAAUGAUGCUUUCUGCUGUUACUGAAGAGCGAGACAGGUUGAAAAGUAUUGUUAAUGAAGUGAGGAGGUCAAAGAAUGAACAAGCAGGGGAUGGAGCAGCCACUGGAACUCUGCUUCAGGAGCUUGAAUCAUCUCUUGCAAAGAAGGAUUGUUUAAUUAAAGAAUUGCAGAGUAAUUUACAACAACAAAAAGAAGUGAAUAAUCAUCAAUUUGAUGAAAUAAAGCUGCUCAAUGACAGGCUGAACAAUGAAGCCAAAAGAAUUAAGUCAAUGGAACGGGAGAGUGAUCGGCUUCGUUCAGAGAUUUCUCUAUUAGAGUCCAAGCUAGGCCAUGGUGACUAUUCUGCUGCAAAUACAAAAGUAUUAAGGAUGGUGAAUACCCUUGCUGUUGACAAUGAUGCUAAACAAACUAUAGAGGCUUUACGUACUGAAUUGCAGAAGACAAAGGAGAAGUUACAGGCUGUUGAAGAAUUAAAGAGCCAGUCAGGUGAUGCUGGAAAGCUGGUGGACUCCUAUAUAUCUGGGAAGAUCACUCAACUAAAAGAACAAAUUGCAACGCUUGAAAAGCGUGAAGAAAGAUACAAGACUGUUUUUGCUGAUAGAAUUUCAGUUUUUAGGAGGGCUUGUUGCGAACUGUUUGGUUACAAGAUUGUAAUGGAUGAACACCAUCGUUCUAAUGGGAUCCCAGUAACCCGUUUUACCCUUCAAUCUAUCUAUGCUCAGAGUGAUGAUGAGAAGCUUGAAUUUGAAUAUGAAUCAGGAAAUACAAACAUUUUGGCAAAUGCUUACACAUCUCAGCUUGAGAUAUCUCGUCAGUUCGAUCCAGGAACCAGUCAACAAAAAGAAAGGCAGUUCAAUGUGUUAGGUGAAAUCAACAAUAGCAGAGAUCUUGUUUUGGGCCUUGUGGAUGAAAGUGAAAAAUUCCCUGCUUUCUUUUUACAGAUUUCAUUUGAAAAUCAAAGGUUGAUAUAUUUAUUCAUAAGAUGAAUUCUAUCCCAGCUUUCACAGCCAACUUGACAGUGGAAACUUUCAACAAAAGAACUCUAUCUUGAUAGAAAAUCAAAAUAACCAGAUGGUCCCGGUUUCUCAUAUGUUGUUAGAAUCUGCAUAUUUUUUUAGUGAUUCCCUUUCCCAGUUGAUGUGCUAUCAGCUUAGCAUCAUAUCGCUGCUGAAGAGAGAUUUGGUGUUUUUUAGUAUUUACAGCUGAAAUGAACUGCUGAAAAUGUCUUAUUUUGGAAUUCCAAGUCGAUAAUUCUCUCAGCACUGCAGUUCUUUUGAUGAAUAUAAUGUUGAUAAAUAAAAUAUUUAGUUACUACUAAUUCUCUCUAGCACUUUUGAAUUGGAAUAUGUAGUUCAUUAUUUCAUAUUUUAGUGUCCUUGCAACUCUGUCGAGUCGCCUUCAUAUUUGAGCUUAGUUGUGUCAAAUUAUGCUUGCACCUUUGUAAUGGAGGCAGGUGAAAAAGAACGAGAAGUGGGGAUGGUGGAGAAAUUAAGCUGCUUUACUAUUGAACCGUUCCUUUUGGUCUUGUAACUCUUUUAAUCUCACAUCAUGGACUAUUAUUCUAUGAAGUGCUGUGCUGAAAUAGUAGUAACCUACCAUCUCCACCAUAAUUAUUCACUUGUACUUUCUAUUUGAAUCCUCAUCUUAUGUUUCAACCUUUUAAGCUGUGUGCUGUGGAUUGAGUAUACGUUUGAUGUGAUGACCUGGAGGUAUCAAUGCCACAAAUGAUGUUUGUUAGUGGAUGAGAUAGACAAGAAAAAGCCUCAAAAGUCGGUUAAAAAGUCGUUUCUAGUGCCGCUUUCUUCGCAGUGGAGAUGGACCUGAACUCCUAAUCUCUCUAGCUUAAUUUCUUAAUUUGACUUAAUUGAAAUUUCUGUGUAUGCAAGUCAGAUUCACUUCUAUUUAUGUAAUGCUGGUUUCAACUUUCAA